UGGAGCAGAAGGAUGAACUAGCAACAGAAGAGGAACAGAUGGAAGCAAAAUUCACACCUGUGGACUACACUGUCUUCAUCAUCAUGCUGGUGGCAUCCAUCAGUAUUGGAGUUAUUAGUGCCAUCAGGAACCGAGGUAAAGCCACCACACAGGAGUUCCUCUUAGGAAGCAGAUCUAUGUCGCCGAUACCAGUGGCGUUUUCUCUACUGGGUGGAUGGAUAUCUGCAAUAUCUAUCAUAGGUAACUCAACGGAGAUGUAUUUCUUCGGCACACAACUUUCAAUGACGCUAGUAGGCUUCAUCCCGGGUUGUCUCUUCGUGGGUCAAGUCAUGAUACCAAUAUUUUAUCAACUCAAACUCGUCUCUGUCAAUGAGUAUAUGGAGGUGAGGUUUGGAUCUCGGCUGCUGAGGACGUUAGCAACUUUGUGUAUGCUGCUCAAUAACUUCAUCUACAUGGGCAUAUGCCUAUAUGCUCCUACUUUGGCCUUAUCGACAGUCACUGGCCUCGCUACGUGGGUAUCCACGCUCACCAUGGGCCUCGUAUGUACAUUCUACAUUACAAUUGGAGGCGUGAAAGCUGUGGUUUACACUGAUGUACUACAAACACUGCUAAUGUUCAGUGGGAUGCUGCUGGUUACCAUCAUCUGCACCAUCAACGCUGGUGGUGUUGCUAACGUCUGGAACAUCGCUGAUCAUGGAGGCCGCAUCAUAUUUUUUGACAUGAAGACGAGCCCUUACGAGCGACACACGUUACUCUCCACCUUGGUGUUCGGCGUCUACGUAAUGAUGAGUCACGUGGGUAUAAACCAGACUGCCUACCAGAGGUUUGCUUCUGUCAGCACAUUACAAACAUCUAAAAGGUAA